GUGUUUUCAGAAAAUGGUGGCUUUAAGAGGAUCCAUGAAGAAGUAAAUCCCGUCUGCCCACCAAGCUGUUGGCUCAGUUGAAAGUGCUUUCAUGAGUUAACACUGGGCCCAGAUCCACCCUUCGUUCCCUGCAGCCAGGUGAUCUGCAGCCACGCAAUGGGCCAAAAAAUCUCAGGGAGCAUAAAGUCUGUUGAUGUGAGGGAGCCCCCUUACAGACCUGUCAAACGAGAACUGAGGGGCCCAGAUUUCUGCAAGCCUGCACGACUGGAUAUGUUGUUGGAUAUGCCCCCAGCCUAUUUGGAGGUUCAGUACAAACACGCUUGGAACAAUGAAGAUCGCUCCUUAAAUAUAUUUGUGAAGGAAGAUGACAAACUGACCUUUCAUAGACAUCCCGUUGCCCAAAGCACAGACUGUAUCCGUGGCAAAGUUGGCUAUACGAGAGGCCUACAUGUCUGGCAGAUUCACUGGCCUACCAGGCAACGAGGGACACAUGCUGUGGUUGGAGUGUCGACAGCAGACGCUCCAUUGCAUUCUGUAGGAUAUACGUCAUUGGUUGGUAGCAAUAGUGAAUCAUGGGGCUGGGACCUUGGACGCAACAAACUUUAUCACAACUGUAAAAAUCAACCUGGAGUGACGUAUCCUGUAUUUUUGGAACCAGAUGAGUCUUUUGUACUCCCAGAUUCCUUACUAGUGGUUUUGGAUAUGGAUGAAGGGACACUUAGCUUCAUUGUAGAUGGACAGUACCUUGGAGUUGCCUUCAGGGGACUAAAAGGGAAAAAACUUUAUCCUAUAGUCAGUGCAGUUUGGGGGCACUGUGAAAUUACAAUGAGAUACAUCAACGGACUUGAUCCGGAACCCCUGCCUUUAAUGGACCUGUGCCGAAGAUCAAUCCGCUUUGCUCUGGGCAGAGAACGCCUGCAUGAUAUAGAAAUUCUACCUUUGCCUCAGUCUCUAAAAAAUUAUUUACAGUAUCAGUAAGACAAAUUCUAGACCUCUAAAUGGUAGAAAUUGUUUACAUCAGAAUAUAAAUCUUUGUGAUGGAUCUUUUGAGUGUUAUUUAAUUUUUUUACCUUUUUUUAAUCACCCAUGGCAGAACAUUGUGGAGACUACUAAGGAAUGUGAACACUCUUUGAAUUGGUCUAGUUCUUUAAGUGAAAUAAAUGUUGCCUACGCUGUUAGCAGCCUUGAAACACAGAAUCCAAAGCUUAUCUUCCCAAGUCAGAUCCAAAGUUGUGGUGUAUAUGUGGCCUGGCAUUGUGUAUGCACCGAAUGAAGAUCUAACCCUAGGUGUAGCCUGUAUGCAAAAGACACAGGUUACCAGCUGCACAGCUAGUAAAAUAAUUACCACAGAUUCUCAGAACUCAGAAUCCUGAAUGCUCUUGAGCACAGAUACAACUAACCACAAUUCUGUACACAUCAGCUGUGAUCCAAACCUCCUUUGCACAUAGGCGCUUUUUUGUUCUUCCUUGUGACGAAGGAUGCUCCAGUAAACACCAGAUUCUCAUGUGCACUGUAUAAGGGAGUGGGGGAAGCCUUGCACAUAUGAAGCAUUGGAGCUGCAUUGAAACUGCUUUAUUUGUGGCCUUUACUUUUUAAGUUGCUCUGCCUUUCAGAAAAUCAUGCUGUUGGUAUAGUAUACCGCCUGCCAUAUUUUAAAUUAUUUAAUAUAGCAGCCUUGUCAUGAUUUGUAAGGUAGUUGAUCUUCCCCUUUUCAGAAGCAACUCAGACCAAUCAAUAAACUAGCUGAGCUGGCAUACUUAAAUUUUACCUGAAUUCUGACCUACUUCUUCAAUGGGGUGGAAUUUGUUCAAAUCACUGAUUUCUAGUUUAGCUUGUUAUUUAUU